CAGUAGACAUCGGAGGGGGAAGACACUUAUUAUCUAACAGAAGAAACUCGUUUUCAUUCCCCUCCGAAGAGGACAAACUCAGUUUUUCCUUUAUUUCAACGUUUCGCUGUGGAAAUACAAGUUUACUUUUCAACCGAGGAGAGACGGUUUGUUGUGGUGAAUAUCUGGAGGAGCAGAGGGCUUCAGGUCGGGUCUUCUUAUCGUAUAAAUGGCUGUGGGGGACCGACGGGUGACGGCGGAGCAAACUUGCAAGAUGUCGCAGUUAGUGGAGGCUUAAAAGAGGACAAAAUACUGCGUUUUUUUAACGACGAAACACAUCUGAGUGUUAAUCUGUCAGUCUGAGAGGAGGGCGGCUGCAGCUCAAGAAGGAGGAUUUAAGUUUUGGUUUGUGCCUCCAGGUCGGAGCGAAACAGGUGCCAGGAGACAAAAGGCUGUCUUCUGUUUGGACAUCUGUCCGUCUCUAUUUUCGUCUCUGAUAAGUCUUUUCUGCAGCCGCCAUCAUUCCGUGCUGUAAGGCUGACCCCAAAAUGUCUUCCAAUGGAGACCUCAGUGACCUGGGCAGCUCUGACAGCUUCUGGGAGCCGGGGAACUACAAAAGGACAGUGAAGCGGAUAGACGACGGUCACCGGCUGUGUAAUGAGCUGGUCAGCUGCUUCCAGGAGAGGGCAAAGAUAGAAAAGAGCUACGCUCUGCAGCUGAGCGACUGGGCCAAGAGGUGGAGGAACGUCGUGGAGAAAGGUCCUCAGUAUGGUACUCUGGAGAAAGCGUGGCACGCCUUUAUGCAGGCGGCCGAUCGGCUCAGCGAGCUGCAUCUGGAGCUGCGGGAGCGGCUGGCAGGCGAGGACAGCGAGAAGAUGCGCAACUGGCAGAAGGACGCAUUCCACAAGCAGAUGAUGGGAGGCUUCAGGGAGACCAAGGAUGCAGACGACGGUUUCCGCAAAGCACAGAAACCCUGGGUCCGCAAACUGAAAGAGGUGGAUUCCAGUAGGAAGAGCUACCAUCAGGCCAGGAAGGAGGAGUGGACAGCGGUUACCAGGGAAACGCACGCCAAGGCCGACCCAACCAAGUCACAGGAGGAAGUCCGCAAAUACACGGUCCGGGUGGAGCGCUGCAGCCAGGAGGCCGAGAAAGUGAAGGAGCGCUACACAAAGGCCCUGGAGGAGCUGAACCGCUGCAACCCUCGCUACAUGGAAGACAUGGAGCAGGUGUUCGACCUCACCCAGGAGGCCGAGCGUAAGAGGUUGCGCUUCUUUAAGGAAGUCCUGCUCGACAUCCACACACACCUCGACCUGUCCUCCAAAGACGGGUUCAAAGGUCUGUACCGGGACCUGGGUCAGACCAUCCAAGCAGCCAAUGACACGGAAGAUCUCAGAUGGUGGAGGAACACCCACGGACCGGGCAUGAGCAUGAACUGGCCACAGUUUGAGGAGUGGUCUCCGGAUGCAAGUCGCUCCAUCAGCAGGAAGGAGCGAGGCGGACACUCUCAGGACAACGUGGUCACCCUCACCAACAUUGUCCCCUCAGGUGGAGAUGACGUCCCGCCAAGCCCCAUCACCCUGGACACCAGCAGAGUGAAAGAUUAUUCGUCAGACUGGUCGGACGACGAAAGUCCUAAGAAGGUGCUGGCGGUGAACGGCGUGGGGGAGGCGGAGGACGAGGAGGAUCAGGUAGAGGGGGUGCGAGUCCGAGCGCUCUAUGAUUACACGGGCCAGGAGGCCGAUGAGAUCAGCUUUAAAGCAGGCGAGGAGCUGCUGAAGCUGGGCGAGGAAGACGAACAGGGCUGGUGUAAAGGACAGCUGAGCAGCGGCCAGGUCGGCCUCUACCCCGCCAACUACGUCCAGAUGGUUUCUUCCUGAUGACCCGCCCUCUCUGAUCACCCAGCCAAUGGUUCACCUACAUUCAAGAUGCCAGGACCAAGCAAAAGCUAUUAGUACUGCCAUGUAGACACGCCCUCUGUGAAACCAGACUCUAAAACUCGUCCCUGAGUUCUUUUUUUUUUUUUUUUUUUUUUUUUGCCGUUGCUGUUCGAGCUACGUUGUUGAAUAGCAGCCAGUGGAAAAGUCUACUUGUUGGAGGUCAACGACAUUGUUGUUUUGAAAGAAGCUCAACAAGCAAAGAGAAGUCUUCGGAGGCCUGCUAACAUGCACAGACUGCAGGACAACGUGGGCGUGAGGUCUGGGAGGACACACAUCGAUCUUUCUAUCCAGUUUAAUCAAACUCUCGAUUUUGGUUUUCCAUUUGCUGACCUUAUUUUAUUUUUUUUAGUCGCUAGAGUCAGACAGUCCACAUUAAUCAAAGAAGACAAAGCCUGGGUGCAGCUGAGCUGGGAUGAGCAGCAGUCAGCAACCACCACAGCUGACUGUGAUUGGCUGAAACAUCUGUCAAUCGAGAAAACACAACCCAAAACAUGAUUCUUUUUAAAGAAAUAGUUUGACAUUUUGGUGAGUCACUUUGUUGUUUUUCUUUGUUGUUACCUUUGGACAGAGCCAGACUUCCUGUUUUGGCCUGUUGUUAAAACAUAAGAGAUCUUCUCAUCGAACUCUUGGUCAGAGGGUGAGUUUUUACCAAAAUGUCUUUUUUGUAGCCGUAGGGUCGUAAUCAUAAAAUAAAAUCAAUUUGUGAAGAAAAGUCAAAUGAACUUCCUGUGUGGAAAAACUAUACGGUAGACAAGUUGGGACUUUCUAAGUAGGUUUCUGGGCAGUCUUGGAUCCAGCAUCUAGUGGCCAUUAGAGGAACUGCAGCUGGAGGCCCAUCUUCAUCAUCCUCUUCAUCAUGCUCUUCUCAGCUGUGGUGGUUGCUAAAAAAAAAAAAACCCAAUGAAAGACUCUCAGUGCCUUUUAGUCAGUGAGGCCAGAAAUGUUACAGCGCCGCCCUGCUGUCUGACAAAAGAAUUACAGCUGUCUGCUGGGUGCCAACCAGCUGAUGACCUCCAGUCUAAUCCCAGUAGAAACCAGUUGAUCUCCUGUUAGGACGAAACUGGACUUUUUCCACUUUGAUUGGCUGCAAACCUUUCAUUUUUUAACGGUGUGCUUCGGUUAUUUGGUAGAUUUUUUUAGGUGUGACACUGAAUUCACUUUCUUUCCUCCUCAGAUUUUUUUAAUGUGAUAGCUGUAUGUUUAUAUUUAGUCGACUGAUUUUGAUUAUGGACGGUUAAACUGUUGCUACCAGUUCCUUUGAAUAUUUUUUAAGAAUAGCAUUUUUACAGUCAACUUAUUUACUUUGUAAUUUAUUUUACUCUUUAAUUUAGUGAUCAUUCUUAUUUUUUGACUGACUAAGGCAGGGAGAGUAAAGUUGACUGCUAGAUUUGGGCCAUUUAACCUGUGGAAGGUGGUUUGUUGCUGGUUUGUUUUGCUGUGCUGGGAUCAUGAAGCACACGCACUUCAAACUUCUAAAAUAAGUGAUAAUAUUUUGUGCGGUUUUGGGUUUCCAUGUUUAUGUUUGUGGUUUAUGUGUGAGGGAGCCUCCUCUGUCCUGCUGAUCCGAGCAUCGCUACAGAUAACCCAUGUAGACAUCCAAUUAAUAAGAGAGAUGAUAGAAAUUAAUGCUACUGUGCUUCUCCUUUAAAUAUUCCUUUUCUUUCAAAGACUGUAACUUGUUCAGUACAUCAAAGUGGGAAGCAACAAUAAAGAGCUUUCAGCAGUU